CCAGAUUGCUUUUACUCGUACUAUUAACUUUCAAGAAGCAAUAUCUUAGACAGCAUUCCUCGACUGCAAAUGCGGUCGAAUGAUCUACCUUGAGAAUUAGCUUCGGGUUGCAUUCCAAGAGAGUCAUAAUUCUGUGCUUGUGGUCCAAAUGUUACAGAAUGUUGUUGCAUCUGCUCCUUCCGCCAUUGAAUAUGGUGUCGUGGCGGAUAUGAACAAUUCUGUCGUUGUGUAUUUCUUCUGUGAACAGAGAGAUGAUUGGGAUUUCCAUGGUUGAUCAACUACCAUCAAUGUAAGAUUAUGUUAUAGCAACUCUAUUCAUUCAAUCUUCCUGAACUUCACCAAUCUUAAGUCGGACUUUCAGCGACGGACUCUGGUCCAGUUUUGGGGCACGUGAUAGGUGGACCAUCAUCAAAUAGUGUAGGUUGGAGAUGAACAUCUUAUCUUCUUGCAAUUCUCGACAGCAUAUUUUGAUAGCUGUGUACUAGCGCGCCCGCUCAUCCAUUGUCCCCCGAUAACUAUCAUUUCUACCAUAAUAAUUCUGUGCUCUUGAUU